AUGGCGUCUCAGCAGAUAUCUCGCAAAGAAAACACGGCACAGGAACAAGAAGGGGACUCUAAUAAGAUGAAAACACAAACACAAACACACCAUGUUGUUACAACCGAGAAGUUGCAACAGGGUGCUGACAAAGUUAGAGAUUCUUCUUCUUCCCAAGCUCAACAACAACAUAAGAAUUAUUCAACUCAGGAGAAUAAACAAAAAAGAGCAGAACAAGCAUUAAGUGACAUUAACAAAAAAGCACAUCAACAUAAACAAAAGGAACAGCAGAAUUCCAGAGCUCGGGCUCAACAAGAAGCAGCAAAGGACAUAAACAAAAAAGGAGAAGAAAAGAAAUACAAAGAACAAUCAAAUCUUGGAGGCAUUUCUAGGUCUCAACAAGAGAGUAGCCGCAAAACUCGGAGAGAAAAGAAUGACGAACAACCAAGCUUGGAAGAGAUUUCGAAGUACAGAAGUCAAGCUCAACAGAAUUCAAUGGAUGCAAUUUCCGCAGCUCAAGAGAGGUACCAGAAAGAAAAACAAGCAGCCGAAGGCACCGGAACCGGCACUAGUCAAAUCCCUCAAGAUAAAACCGCUAUAGAGAAGGGAAAAGAAGGCUAUGUCGCGGCGAAGGACACCGUCUCGAAAGUAGCGAAGGGAACGAAGGAAUAUACAGCACCUGUGGCUGAGAAGGCGAAGGAAUACACCGUACAAGCAGCGGAGAAAGCGAAAGAGGCGACGGUGGAAGGCGGAAAGAGUGCCGCUGAAGUUGCGGUGGAUUUGAAGGACAAGGCUACGGCGGCGGGGUGGAGUGCUGCGCAUUACUCGACUGAUAAGACUGUGGAGGGGACCAAAGUUGUAUCCGGUGCUGUCCAGGGUGCGGCGGGGUAUGCUGGGCAGAAGGCUUCUGAGCUGGCCGCGAAGUCGGUGGGGACCGUUAAAGGGUUGGCUGCUGCUGCUGGUGAUAGUGCCAAGGAGUAUACAGCAAGGAAGAUGGAUGAGAAAGAGACGGAACUGGAGGCCAAGAAAGCAGCUCAGAGACUGGAGAUUGAUAAGAAGAAAUCAACGGAAGUUGUUGAAAGAGGAGGAGGACAAGAACAGGAAGGUGGAGUGAGAAGAGGAUCUGAAGAGAGAACGUUUCAGGGAGAUCAAGGUGAACAACUUGGCGGGGUUGCUAAAACUCAAGGUCAAGUUACUCAAGCAAUUCAAAAGGGAACAAAAGGAACUGUGGGCAAUGUUAACAACCAAAGGGAACAGCAACCAUAUCAAAACGUUGGUGAAACAUUGGGUGAUGGUGGUGAAAGGGUGAAGCCAUUGGAUAAUGUGAAUGAAGGAGGAAGCCAGGUGCUGGGAGCAGUAGGUGAGACUGUGGCUGAGAUUGGAGAAACCAUGAUUAAACCUGCAAUGAAGGCGCAGAGUCAGGGUCAUGGUGGUGGUGGUGGUGGGGUUCUGAAUGCCGUAGGUGAAACCAUAGCAGAAAUAGCAGAGACAACCCAAGUGUAUGUUGUUGGAGAGGGUGAAGCAGAGCAAAGGCAGAACAUUGUGUGAAGCAGUUUUGAUUGUGUGCUAGUUGAAAGUUUCAUCUGUUUUUACGGUU